AUGAGCUAGCCAGUGGUGAGAAAAAAUGCGCCUGUUUUUGAAUUUAAAGAUGACUAGAAUGAAAUAGAAAGUAUUGGGGUAAUUAUGUAGGAAGAAGAAAACUUCUAAGAAAAAGCUAAAAGAGCAUCACUUAAUUUUUAAAGUGCAAGCUAUUUGUCUAGUCUCCAAGAAGUCAACACAAAUUAUACUUCUAUGUAUGGUAUUAAUAUGUAGAGCUAAUAAAACCUAAAAACACCAAAGCAAUCAAGAUUAUAAAGUAAGACCAAAAUAGUGGAAGGGACUUCAACAGUAGUUUUAACUGUUAUUCUCUCAUUGAUAACAAAUAUUAUUUUCACAUAUCCAUUAAUCAUUUUAAAAAGUAUCUAUACUCUACUGACAGCGUUUAUUUACCCUUUUAGAAAACCAUGUUCAAUACGUGCAUUUGUUAAAAAAUGUUUGAAUCCAAUAGUUUAGAUAAUAUUUGCUAGUAGUGUUCUAUGUAUAGUUUACUAUGCGUUUGUAAAUAUGUCUUUGAAAAAAAGAGACUUUUAUGGUAUACUGUUUUUUGAUGCUUUCUUUUUGUUUUUUACAAAGAUCUCAAUCUUUAGCAUCUUAAAGCUAACAAAGUAAAAAGACUUAAAGUUAACAUGGAAAAAUGUAUGUUCUAUUAUUGAUCCUGGUAGCCAAAAUGGCCUUGUUUUGGACCUUAUUGAUAAAUAGAAAGAUAGUGAUAUUUAUAUGGACAUAUCAUGUAAUGAAGAUUCAUGGAAGGAAGAAUAUCUUAAAAUUAUAAAUUCAAACUUAGAAGUUGACCUAAAUAUAUAAAGAUUCAACACAAUUUAGACAGACAUCAAGAAUCCCCUUUCACUUGAGCUGAUUGGUUAUCAGUUUUUAUAAGGUUAAAACUAGAAACUUGGACCUAACUUUGCAUAACUUUUAAUUACUUAAUUAAUGACUAUAGCAAAAAUUUUAUGCAGUUUAGCAUUCAUAUAUGUUAAUAUACCAUUUAAUACAGAUGAUAUUUUCUAACUUUUAGCAAUAUCCUUAUUCUAUAUUAACGAAACAUAUUGUUUCAACAUUCUACUAAGUAAUUAAGACUUGCGCAGAAAGAUCAUUAUGUCUAAAGGAAUUAAUGAAUGCAUUAAAUUUACUGAUAUAGAAAUAGAAAAUGAUUACUCAAAGAGACUAGAUGUCACCUCAUGCAUUAGUCUUGAAACUUGGGACAAUUCCAGAAGAGCGAUUUACCUUUUUUUCCAAGACUAUUAUAAAACUUUUGAAAUGUGCUACUGCUGCAUCUUCAUAUACUAUUUGUUUAUUUUUAAUAUUUUACUUUCCAAGUUUUUUAAAAUUUAUAUCCUCUUUGAAGAAUUCUCGAUUUUUUAAAAUCCUAUGAUCGUUAUAUCAUCUAUCUUUAGUUUUAUGAUCUUAAGCGUUUUCCUUUUGUUCAGGUUCUACUUUGGAGAUAAAUAUAAUGAAACUAUUGACGAAGCUGGAGAAAAUAUAGAUACUUUAAUCGGAAUUUAUUAGGAUCUUAUCUAAAUGUAUGAUUACAAUUUUUAGUAAAAAACUAUUUCAUAGGCUACCAUCUCAAUAGUUUCAAAAAAUAAAUAGCAAUUAAUACCUUAGAGGUCUUAAAUUAUUCAAAAUGACCCUGAAGACAUGCAAAUAAUGUCAAGAUAGUUAGGUUAAGAUCCUAAACGCGCACAUAUGAUAACUUGCUAUGAUUUAAUAAUAGCUAAAAUUAAAUUUCUUUCUCGUUUUUACAUAAAUAGAGGAUUAGAAUUUUAAGGUAAAACUUACAAUAUUGCAGAAGAAAAAACUUUACAUCAAAAGAUGUUAAAAAAUCUAUUAAAAAGCUUUUAAAGAAUAAAAUCUUAGAUAGAAAUAGACUCUAAACAACUUUGUUAUAAAGUGCUUAAUUUAUUAAAACUUGAAUUCAAAGAAUCUCUUCUCACUUUAUCAAUUGGUUUAAUAUCAAUUUUACCAAAUGUUAUCCCAAAUAUAAAAACCCUAUAUAAGGAGAAUAUUUUUGACUAUUAAAAAUGA